AUGCCGGAAGUUGGUUUUAUGUGGGGAAGACGUCAUGCAAGAGCGAAGGGUGGUUCGGCGAUAUCCCAACAGAUUGAAACACAAACAUCAACCGAUCCGCACACCGGCAAUAUGGCACCUCCCUCUUCAGAACCCGCUUCGGACAAGGUCCAACGUGGCCUCACCAAACCGACCAAGGCUGAGAAAGGAAAAAUGGGACAUGGCUGGAAGGAGUCUUGGAAGUGGGAAGCUGCAGCUGCUACUCUAAGUGUUAUUGGUCUUGGCCUCUUGAUAGGCUUUCUCUUCAGGAUUAACGGCACUCUAUACGCGGAUUGGCAACAUACGGCUUCACCUAAUACAGUUUUAUCUAUUAUUGUCACUAUUUCUAAAGCCGCGCUCCUUGUCCCGGUAUCAGGAUGUCUCAGCCAGCUCAAAUGGAAUCGGUAUCGCAAUUCCGUACCACUGUAUGAUAUGCAAGCCAUUGACCAGGCGAGUCGUGGGCCCUGGGGCGCGUUGGAACUUCUCUGGAUAGGCCUCCCACAACUCAGAAUGGAUGCUUUGACUCUAGCCGCUGCAUUCAUGACGGUGCUGGCAGUUGCGAUAGAUCCAUUCGCGCAGCAGAUAUUGGCAUUCCCCUCACAUACAGUUCAGGGAUUCAACGAGACUGCAUCGAUUCAAGCUGCGCAUAAAUAUGUGUAUCAGCAGAAACUGUACAACAACGAAGUUUCUGGCUCCCUCGCACCAUCGAUGCUGAGUUCUAUUCUCAGUGGCUUAGCACAAACGAACAGUCCUCUUGCGCCACAGUGCAGCUCGGGGAAUUGUAGAUUCCCGAGGUUUACCACGCUUGGAAUUUGCAGCCAUUGCGAGGAUAUCACUAGCAAAGUGAAUCAAACGUGUCAUAAAUCGGAAUUUAUCCAAUCUCUUGGAGAGCCUACGAUACAACCCCAGGAGGGUCCCCAUACGAGUUGCAGAUACAAGCUUUCAAAUGGAUUAGAAAUAUCUACGGACGCGAGUGGCUCCGAAAAUAACAAGACCUCUACCCAAACCCUUGACCAAGUCCCUAACCUCGUCACGUUGAAUCAGUGGGGCACCUAUCCACAAAACAGCACCUCGAUGACUGGCAUUGAAAAGCCAAUAUUCUCUUUCGUUGCGGUAAACCAGUCCAUUCAGAUCUGGUAUAUGCCAGAAAACAUAACUCUGUCUCCACCGAAGCCUUCAUUCACCGAUUGCGUGUUUUAUUACUGCGAAAGGGAAUACUCACCCACUCAUUACUUGGCUAAUGAUCGUGCAAGCCACUCUGUCGAUGUGUCUGAUACACAACCACUCCUUCCUAGUGAUGAUUCCACCCUAGAUGGAUCGGAUUAUGUUUAUAUUCUCCAGCCGCCGAAUGGCAAAGCUGCAUUAUCUGGCGCAUCGACUUAUAAAGUCGAUGCAUAUACCUUUCUGUCUAUCCCAAAUGUGAUGACGAAGCUCUUUAACACAACAACAGGCAGCGGCGCCUACUGGGACGACUUCGAGAACGAAUCGACAGGGUUGAAUCUGGGGCCAAUUCUACGUGAAGCUGAUUUGAGUCAAUUGUUACAAUCAGUGUCUGCUAGUAUGACAGAUACUAUGAGGGCUAACCCCGAAACCAUAAAUGUUCCAGGACAGGCAUUUCGAGUUGAGACUUUUAUCCAUGUCCGGUGGCCAUGGAUCAUCCUUCUGGUAUGUGCCGUUUUAGGAUCCCUCGCCUUGCUUUUGGGGACUGCAACUGUGAGCAAACGGCAGCAUGCAAAACUUUGGAAGGCUUCGAUUAUCCCAUUGAUGACCAGUCGAUUGGAUCUUCUGCAUGAGAAUGAAAUUGCUGGUCUUGACAACAUGGAAGACAUACAUCGUAUGUCCAAGAAAGCUAAUGUUAGGAUGGACCGGGAUGGAGGGCAGUUGGUGUUCACUGAGAAACAAUAA